CCCGGUCCUUCCUCUGCCGUGGCGACCUUUCGCUGGUCUACUAGUCUACGAUGACCUCCAAUACGAGUUACUGAUACGAAGUACUAGUCGCUUCGCUUCGUCGGGAGGAACCGUGGCCUGCAAAAGAUACCCUCAUACACAUCGUUGGCUCGGUCUCGGUUCUAGAUCUCUAACAGCAGUACACUCUGAACAUCUCGUUUAACCCUUACGGCCGAUGUAUCGGGUGGGAAUAUCCCCCAGCAGAGUCGAUAUUGACACAAUAUGGAUGUCAUUGGCUGCUUUUACAAGCCUGUUGCUUCCGAUCGGCGCUCCCCUCGAUGUCGCACUCAGUUCUCUAUUGUGACGAGCAUCGAAUCGUAAUCCUAAUCGACAUCCCUUCAUCGAUCGAACAGGCUCAGUCUACGUCGGGUUUAUUGAAAACCUCCCCCGCUUUAGAGAGUCCUUACCCGAACACGGAGCCCAAAGGUGCUAAGCGGCUUGCUGCACUGAACGCAAUAUCCCUCGAUGAACGGCUUUAUCAUGCCUCAAUUCAAGACCAUAUCUCUUCUGCCUUGAAGGAGAUCCGUGAGAAUUUGCGAAGCCAAGCCAUGGAUUGGUGUCGAGACAGAAGUGCCGUUCGGGCACCACAAGACCGGGAACUGCCCAGGCCAGCCACGUUGUCUUGUACAGCACUGUCCUCCUGCACGGACCUCGGGAUUCCCGUCAUCUUGUCAAGUACGGAGAAGCGCACAAAAUUUCCUUGCCUGGGAAGCCUGCACGGGGUGGUGGUUCACAAUCCAAGCGACGAGCUUGCCAUCGUGGAAACAGUCAAUGGCGGAGACUACGUGGUCCCGCCUCGAUCCACCUUUAUUCAUUCUACCCUGGAGCUGGGACAACGAACCUUCUCGGGUUGUCGAAGUCUUCCAUCUCUCGCCCGGAGGUUUGAUCUGAUAUUGAUGGACCCGCCAUGGUCCAACCGGUCGGUCCGUCAUGCUGGGACGUAUAGAACGGCUGAGGAUCAGAUCACCGACCCUUUCGAACAAGCUCUCGAAAUCACGAAAGCCUCCCUCGCCCCCAGAGGUCUGAUCGCCGUUUGGAUCACCAACAAAGCUUCGAUUCGGGCUAACGUGGUCCAGGCUCUUCAGGCUCUGGGAUAUUGUCCUCUUGAUGAAUGGAUCUGGAUAAAGGUAACCAAAAAUGGCCUUCCCGUUACGCCGCUGGAUGGAAUAUGGAGGAGACCUUAUGAGAUCCUCCUGCUGUUUCGGGAGGGACAGCCUUGCGAGGUGCCCCAACGACGACGGCGUGUGAUUGCUGCAGUGCCAGACCUCCAUUCCAGGAAACCCUGUCUGAAAGUGUUACUAGAGGAGCUUGUACCAGCCAAAUACACGGCACUAGAACUGUUUGCGAGGUCUCUCACGGCAGGAUGGUGGUCUUGGGGAGACGAAGUUCUGAAAUUCCAGCAUGAAAGUCAGUGGGUGGCAGGGAGGCAUGCAGGGAUGGAGCGUACAUAGUUCCCAACUGACAUGUCGGUAGCCUAGUCCGUAUCAUUCCUCGUAUCUGCGAGGCUAACUUAAUGCA